AUGUUCAACUUGCGACGCAUCGUCCUCUCCGCCGCUCUGCUCCUCGGAGUCAGCAUGGUCUUGUUCGCCCAGACGGCUGAGGCCACCAAGGGCCCCAAGAUCACCAACAAGGUCUACUUCGACAUUACGCAGGGUGACGAGCCCCUCGGCCGUGUUGUCCUCGGCCUUUACGGCAAGACCGUCCCCAAGACCACCGAGAACUUCCGUGCUCUUGCCACUGGCGAGAAGGGCUUUGGCUACGAGGGAUCUAGCUUCCACCGUGUCAUCAAGCAGUUCAUGAUCCAGGGCGGCGACUUCACCAAGGGCGACGGUACUGGUGGCAAGUCCAUCUACGGCGAGAAGUUCCCCGACGAGAACUUCAAGCUCAAGCACACCAAGAAGGGUCUUCUGUCCAUGGCCAACGCCGGUCCCGACACCAAUGGCUCGCAGUUCUUCAUUACCACCGUCGUUACCUCUUGGCUCGACGGCCGCCACGUCGUCUUUGGCGAGGUUCUUGAGGGCUACGAAAUUAUCGAGAAGAUCGAGAACGCUGCCACCCAGCCCGGCGACCGCCCUACCAAGGCUGUUAAGAUCGCCAAGAGCGGCGAGCUGGAGGUGCCCCCCGAAGAUCUCUACGGGAAUGCCCAGUUUGCUUCUGGGCAAUCUACCGAGGACACGCCUCUGCAUGUUGGUUCUCAGGCUGAGGGCUGGUCGUUCAUCCAGAAGGGUCUCCUCUUUGGCGUUGUCCUCGCCGUUGUCGCCAUUUACUUCCGCAUGAACAAGAAGAACGACUCUUUCCACGAAAACGACUCAAAUUUCGAGGGGGCAAAAACACAAAUCUCACUACUGAAAAUGAAGAUUCUCAGCCUUAACUUCUUGACGUGCGCCGUCAAGGCGUGCAAGUCCUCCACCGCCUCGUACCCACUGCACCCCAAGGACGCUGAGCUUGUGCAAGACGAAAUUGAGCUGAAUGAGCAGAUGCUGCUUAACGUGCUGCCCCGCCUGGAUUGGACUGCGCUGCGGACAAACGCGACUGAGGCAAGUCAUGCUACGUCCUUUUACCAUCACGAGAUCCUUGGCUUCCCCGAACUCCCUGCCGAGGCGCCUACCGCUGAGGCCCUGCAGAGCGACGAGAAGACGCUAAAGGACUUGCACCACCUUCUCAUGGAAACGCAGAUCUUGGAGGGCAAGCUCGUGUGCGGCAACUGCGGCCACGAGUACGCUAUUCGCGAGGGCAUCGCUAACUUCCUGCUCCCGAGCCACCUGGUCUAA